UUGGAACUUCGAACCAUUCAUGACCAAAUUUGGCAACUUGACGACUCGUCACUCUGUUCCCCACCUCCCAAAAUUGGCGGUGGCUCGAUCUUUCGCGUCAGUGGAGUUUCCGAAAACCCCGUUUGAGAAACAACAAUCCAUGAGCAAGGGGGUCCAUCAAAGAAAGUGGAUCUAUAGGAGUCAACUACCAUGUUGAUGGCCACCUAUCUUCAACUGUUGCUGCCGCUGUCAUGUCUCUGGGUAGUCGCGACGGGCCAACCAGCUGUAGCCUGUGGCGAUUUCGAAGCAGAUGUCUGUCGCGCUGUAGAAGGCGAAGAGUGCUGCUUAAAAGAGUGCGCCGUUGAAAUGCAGAAUCUCUUUGUUUGCUUGAUUCGAGAAGCCACGGGAGCAGACUACUCGGGGUGUUCCAUGGCUCAGUGUCCAGUAACAUCCGCUACAAUCGCGAAAGCGCAGCAAUCCACGGGAAAACAAUUUGGUGUUCUCGACCUUGACUUGAUCCAAAUGGAAGUGCUUGGCAUCGAAUUCGUAGUGGAGGACGCAUACGUGAACUGCCCAUUCGAGUGGGAUGCUGCUUUCAGGUGCGCCCUCGUUGACUGCGUGAAGUUCCUUGAUGUGUGUCCAGAGGUUGUGGCUGACGAACAAGAAGAAUCGACAUCAGUACUUGACCCUGCAUCUGCAACCUUUUGCGAGGACUACGAGGCGAUUUUCUGUGAUAGCCUCGUAAAUGAUGACUUUGAGGAGUGCUGCAUAAAAGAAUGUUCUGCAGAAAUAUUUGAUUUGAUGGUUUGUAUUGCCUUCGAGACUACAGGAUUUGACCAUUCUGAUUGUGCAGUCCCCACUUGCGGGGGCCUUGCUGGUUCAUCCAUAGCCCGUGGGACAAACCAACCACGACAAUUUUUAAGUGAUAUCCCAUUGAACCUUCUCGUUGAUGCUGACUUUGCACAAGAAAACUGCCCACAAUCCUGGGAUGCCACACUUCAGUGUUUGAUAAGGGACUGUCCCAACCUAAUUGACGUGUGCCCUGACCUUUCAGAGCCUGUUCCGCCUCUUCCGCCUGGAACUACAGUGCCCAAUCCAUCCCCAGUUACUAUGCCAACAAGCUCCGACAUAUCUUUUCCAGUUAGUGGAGUCCCAGACUGUGCCGAACUUGCAGAUGAUAUUUGUGACUCUGUUGCUGGAGCUGAUACACAGGACUGCUGUCUUUCAGCAUGCGUGAAUGCACUGCAUGCCUUGACUGUUUGUGUAAUCGGGAAGAUCACAGGAGAAGACCGCACCAAUUGUGAGGUUCCCACCUGUACAACAACAGCGCCACUUAAAACUGCCAUGGCAUUCCCUAAGCAGGGACUUUCACCAGGCCCUGACGAAUUAAUGCUUUCAUUGGGAGGAGUGGCAUUCACAGCUGCAGUUGCCAUGGAAUCUUGCCCCAAUGAAUGGGAUGCAACAUUUCAAUGCCUCAUUAGAGAUUGCCCCAAUGCAAUUGAUGUGUGUCCAAAUCUUGCUCAAGAUCCUGCUGCAAAUGUAGGCACAGUUGUGCCCAAUCCAUCGCCAGUUACUAUGCCAACAAGCACAGGAAUCCAACCUGGCUCCCCUUCUUCAACGCCUGUCACCAUACCUCCUACCACUGAGGAAGGUUGCUACUCCAGUCUAACUGCCAUUUAUGAUGCCAGCAGCUUUGACAGUUUGCAAAGAUUUGUCUUGUGCCCAAAUACAACUAUUGAUGUUGGUUUCCUUGUGCCCGGAAUUGGCUUUGACAAAGGACAGCCGCCACUGGUUCCCAGAUCAAACCGUCAGUAUCUCUGCGGAGAGGAUGGCAAAGCGGAAAAUAAUUGUGUCAUCAGGGGAGGUGAUUUUGGCUUGAUUGCUGUGCCAGUGUUCUUUCGGCAGGAUCUCUACGUCAACAAUGUCACAAUUAGUGGGUUCACUUUCCAAGGGCAGGUCCAAUAUUCCGUUUUUGGUGCAGUGGCAGGAGACAUCUCUUUCCAUGACUGUGUUUUUAAGGACACUGCAAACUUUGGCCCAGUUGUAUUGAACUAUGAUUCAACCCUCGAUUUAUCAAGACACCUUAGGAAAGGUGAAACGGAGAAUCCCUGGGACGACGCAAUGGAAUUUAUCCAAGGUUGCCAGGGCAGGUCACCACUCAGUUUCGAACGAAGGAAGUCUCGAGGAAAUGGCCGAAAUCUACAAGAAAAGAUAAUGAAGGUCACCAUGACCGAUUGUCUCUUUGAUAAUUUGCAACAAAUUGAGCGAAAAUUGGGAGUGGAAUUUGGAAUAAUUACAGUCAAAGGCCCUGAUCAUAUUGUCACCUUGGAACGAUGCACCUUCUCAAACAACCAGUAUGGAAAUGCUACUCUGGCGCCUAUUGGUUAUGGUAUCUCAGUGGAAGGAGCUUCCAUUGUGCUGCAAGAUGUUUGCUUCAUUGACAAUGACUUUAGAGGUGCUGGUGCAGUUUUGUUGGAGCAAACCUUGGAUCCGUUUGAUGUUGAGUCUGGCUUCCUCAUUGGAAACUACAUCACCAAGUUGGAUGACGACCUUGAUUGUACCUUUGCUGCAUGGUAUCCCACAUUAGAAGAUCUGAGGCUUGCAAACUUCACUUGUGUCCCUCCACAAGUAGAUGAAUGCCUUGCAAACAACAGCACAGAGGGAGAGGAUCUUUCUGGCCUGGUUGUCACAGAUGCGCCCACAGCAGCGCCAGGAAGUGAGGACAGUGAUGGCAACUAUAGCAAUGUCGGCAAUUUGCUGAUUGGUGGCGGAGACACAGACAUCGAUCCCUAACGAAGCUGGGUGCAUAAUAUCGUGAUUGUCAGGCUGCUUUGUAGAUUAUCUAACCAAGCGAACACGCAAGCACUACUAGCUACCGGUAGGAUUGGGCAAAACGAAUGCUGCAGGAAGCUCCCAUGCUUCUUGUUGCGAAGCUGCCGCCCUGGGGUUUCCUCAUGGCUGACGAGGGCUCCUGACUCCUGACUGCAGCAACUUUGAGCCAGUUGCGUGGGCACUAAAUCACCUGAUCCGUUUGAAAGAGUUCGCGACAGCCAGUGCAACAGGGCAUGAGCUCAACGAGCCACUACUGGAGCAUCAUGGUUACGGAAGAAGGUGCUGCUUGCACGCCCUUGGUACAUCCCUCAUGCAUGGGUACGACGCUGAGCAGAGCAGAGCAGAGCAGAGCAAAGGUGCUGGAGACGCACUGGGAUUCGGCAAACGAAACGAGGGCGGGAAUCUUGGGCGAUGCAUGCCAUCACUGACUUGUACAUUACCCAAUAAACUAUCUGGUGCGGAGUAGAUAAACCAGUAAUUGCUGCGAAUUCGAUGCACAUGCGGACAGUGUUGUAACCUGGCAGCUGCUCCUUGCUACCAAGUCUCUAUUUGGGCAAUGUUUCGCUGCAACAGCCUCCUCUGAGGUGCUUCCAGCCAGACAAAGAUUGACGUGGUGGGAAUGAUAGCUACCUACUACUAGUACAUGAUACCGAACAAGGUCACUAUAGCCAUGGUUGGAGGAACAAAAAGCCUCUCCUUGUUCCUGCCUUGUUGAAUCAGUCCAGCCAGCCUACGCUGGACUCCAACUAGCUAGACACCAUUCCUGCCUGGCCAUGGCCUAUCGUAUUGAAACAAAGAAUUCAAAGGAAUGCAAGUAUAGCAAGCAAGUCCAGACCAAAAAAGCUCCUUUGACGUUGCAAUGAAUUAAUUGAUGAAAUAAAUGAUUCAAUCUUACCAGCCA